GUACUACGCUGACAUCAGCCGCCUGCCGGCCAUCAGCGAUCAGGACAUGAACGCCUACCUGGCGGAGCAGGCCAGGCUUCACUGCAACGAGUUCAACAUGCUCAGCGCGCUCAACGAGAUCUACUCCUACAUCAGCAAGUACAGCGAGGAGAUCACGGCGGCGCUGGAGCAGGACGAGCAGGCGAGGAAGCAGAAGUUGGCCUACAAGCUGGAGCAGCUGAUCGCCGCCAUGUCUCAGGAGAGCUGAGGACCCUCAACACACUCCACAUCCACACUCAUAUGAUUUCCUCCUCACACGGAUCCGCUCAGGGCCACAGACUGAGAAACAGAAACCCUGCAGCUGGAGGACCGUCAACAGAGGACAUGGCCCCUAUUUAUUUUAUUUUUCUCAAAGAAUAUUCCUGUGUGUGUGUGUUGUGUGUGUGUGUGUGUGUGUGUGUGUGUGUGUGUGUGUGUGUGUGUGUGUGUGUGUGUGUGUGUGUGUGUGUGUGUGUGUGUGUGUGUGUGUGUGUGUGUGUGUGUGUGUGUGUGUGUGUGGUGUGUGUUGUGUGUGUGUGUGUGUGUGUGUGUGGAGGACUAGAUGAAUCCUUCAGUGUGAACCGGAGGAGCAGAUCUCGCGUCGCAUCCAGAUUUUUAUUUUUGUACUUGUACAUUUGAAUAUUAUCAGUUGCAGUCCCACCCAGGAGGACCCUGUCGUUGUGCAAAGACAAAGAAGACGACAUCAGGGUCUCCUCUCACUUUUCCUCGGACUAAACCUCCGCUCUUUAUCACGAACCAUGAAUCCGAUCUGAUCGUGAAACAUGAAGCUCGUCAUCUCAGAGUCUCUGGAGGACUUCAGCCGGCAUGCACCUGAACAGAGGAGAGGACAUAUUUAGGAGAAUCAAUCUGGAGUCCAAGGCUUUCUUUUUUUGUUCUUCUUUUGGUCAUCUGUGUAUGAACCGGUUACCAAGCAGUGUCUGUGAAUGUACAGAUGUUUUCUUUUCUGUUUGCAAACACAAAGGGGCUCAGUUGAGCUGAGUGAAGUCCAUUCGUCAGACCGCUUCCCAAACAUUAUCCCCAGGUUCAUGCGUUAUCAGGGGAUUAAACUGGUGUUAUUUAUUAGUGGUAAUCAGCCUUUUUAUAUUCAGAUGGGCAAUGAAUGUGUACCAACGUUUCCGCAGACUUUCCAUGGUGCUGUUUCGACUUAAGGAGCUAUUUAGUUGACUUCUUAUGGUCAGGAAACAAUUGUUGUGGUUAUUUCUGUACUACGAAAAUACAGAACAAUUUCAUUUUCUUUGCAA